CAGAGAUUGACAAAACAACAGCGGAACAGAAAGCAAUUGACGAUUGGCUUCCCAUCACUUCUUCAAGGAACGCAAAAUGGUGGUAUUCAGCUUUUCACAACGUCACUGCCAUGGUUGGAGCUGGUGUCCUUAGUCUUCCAUCUGCCAUGGCAGGCCUUGGAUGGGGUCCUGGUGUGGUUAUUCUUGUGUUGUCGUGGGUGACUACUCUAUACACACUGUGGCAAAUGGUUGAGAUGCAUGAAAUGGUCCCUGGGAAAAGGUUUGACAGGUACCAUGAGUUGGGGCAACAUGCCUUUGGAGAAAAGCUUGGACUGUGGAUUGUGGUGCCACAGCAACUGAUAUGUGAAAUUGGUGUGGACAUUGUGUAUAUGGUCACUGGAGGAAAAUCACUGCAGAAGAUUCAUGACCUCGUGUGCCAGAAAAGUUGCAAGCCAAUGAAGACUAGUUAUUUUAUCAUGAUCUUUGCCUCUGUUCACUUUGUAUUAGCCCACCUUCCCAAUUUCAAUGCCAUCUCAGGCAUCUCCUUGGCUGCAGCUAUCAUGUCUUUCAGUUAUUCAACGAUUGCAUGGGUGGCUUCGGUAGAGAAGGGAGUUCAGAAAGAUGUGCAGUAUGGGUACAAAGGGACAACUUCAGCAGGAACAGUAUUCAAUUUUCUGAAUGCUUUGGGUGAUGUUGCUUUUGCCUACGCGGGACACAACGUGGUGUUGGAGAUUCAAGCAACGAUUCCUUCCACCCCCGAGAAACCAUCAAAGGGCCCUAUGUGGAAGGGUGUGGUCGUAGCCUAUUUAGUUGUAGCCUUGUGCUACUUUCCCGUUGCCCUCAUUGGCUAUUGGAUGUUUGGCAAUGCCGUUGACGACAAUAUCCUCAUCUCCCUCAACAAACCCACUUGGCUCAUUGUUGCUGCUAACAUGUUUGUUGUCAUCCAUGUUAUAGGAAGCUACCAGUUAUAUGCAAUGCCAGUUUUUGACAUGAUUGAGACCGUCAUGGUUAAAAAACUACGUUUCAAGCCAAGCCGGUUACUACGGUUUAUCGUUCGCAAUGUUUAUGUUGCAUUCACUAUGUUUAUGGGCAUCACGUUCCCUUUCUUUGGUGCCCUACUUGGAUUUUUUGGAGGAUUUGCAUUUUCUCCAACAACAUACUUUCUCCCCUGUAUUAUCUGGCUUAAUAUUUACAAACCUAGGAAGUUCAGCUUAUCAUGGAUCACUAACUGGAUGUGCAUUUUACUUGGCAUCCUGCUGAUGGUUUUAGCACCAAUCGGUGGAUUAAGGCAAAUCAUACUCAAUGCUAAGAGCUACGGGUUUUACAGUUGAACUCGUGCUCCACAAGAGCCAUCCAGAAC